UUACCAUUCUUGCCAACAGGUGGCGUCUGUUGCCUGUUCAUGUUGAUAACCCUGCAGCUCCUCCAUUGGUGGAAAGGGUUGUCAUUAUAUUUCGAGGCUGAGAGCUUCACAUUCCUCCAGCGGUGGUCAGGCACUCUAGGAAGAUCUCUGCACAACAAUCAUGUUCCUGUACCUCCUGGGGCUGCUGGUUUUCUACUACCUGUACCGCUGGGUCAGGGAGCUUCCAAGAGUCCCUGACAAAGGAAACAAGUAUGUGUACAUCACAGGCUGCGACUCGGGCUUUGGAAACCUCCUGGCCCGCCAUCUGGACAAGAAGGGCUUCAGAGUGAUUGCUUCUUGUUUCACCGAGAAGGGAGAAGAGGAGCUGAAGAAGGCGUGCUCAGGCAACCUGAUAACAACACACCUGGAUGUUCGGUCCAAGGACAGUGUUGCCAAAGUUGCAGCGAUGAUCAAGGACAAAGUGGGGGGGCGUGGUUUGUGGGCUGUGGUGAACAAUGCAGGCGUGUCCGUCCCCUCUGCCCCGUGUGAUUGGCUGACCAUUGAUGACUACAAGCACAUGCUGGAUGUGAACCUGAACGGGGUGAUUGCGGUGACCCUAAGCGUCCUGCCGCUUAUCAAGAAGGCCAGGGGGAGGGUGGUCAACGUAGCCAGUGUGUUUGGGAGGAUCAGUCCUACAGGAGGCCCGUACACUGUCUCCAAGUAUGGUGUGGAGGGUUUCAAUGACAGCCUCAGGUUGAACAUGGCAGCUUUUGGUGUCAAAGUCCUCUGCAUUGAGCCGGGAUUCUUCAAGACAAACGUGACUGACUCUGCUAUCCUGAGCAAAAACGUCCAGAUGCUGUGGGACAGAUUGCCCCAGGAGGUCAAAGAUGACUAUGGAACAGAAUAUAUGACAAAGGUGCAAGUGCUUAUAAAAGACAAAGUUGCCAAGAUGAGUGAUGGGGAUCUAAUGAAGGUGGUCAGCUGUAUGGAGCACGCUGUAGCCGCCGUCCGGCCGCGCACCCGCUACUCACCCGGCUGGGACGCCAAGCUCUUCUGGCUGCCGCUGUCCUACAUGCCAACCUGCAUCAGUGACUACAUCCUGGGAAGAGAAGCCAUUCCUAUUGCCAAGCCGAUGCAAUAGAGUGUGCUUUAUUAAAAUCCACAUGUGCACUUAUUAUCCAAUAUAAGUCUUUCUAUCUAAUCUUUGUCAGUCUUGACUGAAGUGUCAUGCGCUUUAGCUUGAAGGCCUUACCUCCGUGACAUUAACCAUUUAAUUCAAAGAAGCACUUUUUUCAAGGCCACCUUAUCUACUGGCAGAUAGGGUUUUGUUCUGGCAAAUGAUCACCCAGA